AAACACAGGGUCCUCGGCGGAAGGACCACGCUGAGAGGUAAACAAGCGAUGUAGCGUUAAUUAACACACAAACAUCGAUUUUAGUUGAAUUAACUUGGCGUGUAACCGUUCGUGGGGUGAUGGCAGAUGAUAAUGAGCUGGAAAAACGUGCGGUGGAGGAGCUCCUCAGGGAGACUGACAGAGCUCGGCUGAGAGCAGAGACGAUGGGCCCUGCAGGAUGGUUGAAGUGCCCUCUAAGGAGCACCAACAAACGCUUCCUCCUCAACACCCUGCGCUCCACUGGCCUGCAGCGGCGCAACGGUGAGCCCAGAGCGGGACACUCCGCCACAAGAGGGCGCCUGAGGAGCGGAUCCCCAGAGAGGAGCAGGAGCCGCAGCAAAACACCUACCAGAGAUCCCAGGAGUAAUGGAGGCCACAGAGACCAUAAACAUCAUCACAGAGACAGCCGCAAAAACAAAGAUAAGAAGCUGGCUAGAGAUAGAGACAGGCACAGAGAUGACAGAGACAGCAGACAUGCCGAUGGACAGAACACAGACAAAGACAGACACAGACUUGAUGGGUAACUGUUUGUUGAGGAGCUCUGCUUCUCCAGAGACCAGGAGCACAUAGGUGGACCUGAAACUGAGCUUUUACUGGAUCAAACGCCUCAGAGCUGCAGACAGGUGGAGAGAAUCUGUCCUGCUCAUCUGGAGUGUUGGAAGGAGACAGAAAACUUUAUAUUCCUGCUGUUAAAAAGGCACUAAGUAGAGGAGUUUGGCUUAUCUUUUGAGGUUCAGUAAGCGGUAUUUGAUCCCCAGUAGCAGCCAACAUAAAAUCAUUUUAAUGUUCUUUUUUUUUAGCUUUUCAGUAAAAUGUGGGUGAAUAAAAUGUUAAUUGGCCUCUAUUUUCCCAGGAAA